UCUAGCAUGAGUUUUAUUUAAUAAAACGAGAUGAAACUUCACACCUCGACAAAUGAUUGUAUUUACAAAAAUGUGUUGAUCUAUUAUCUUAUAAUAAUAAAAUGACAAUUAGGAACAUUGUCCACAUAUUUUUUGAAUGACCCUCGUACGUAUACAAAUGCAAUUGGAUUUAAUUCAAUAGUUUAAGUACGUGUUAAAAAAUCAAUUGAGAGAAUUUGAUGAUCACCUUUGGGGUACUUCAUUCUUAACAUAUUUAUUGUUUAAAUCAGGUUGCUACCAAGAUUCUGCCAUCAACACUUCUAUAUCCAUUGAAAUGAGAAUUCCUUCUAUUGGAAUGUGUCAGGAACUAUGUUUGGAAAAAGAAAAAAUGUUCUUUGCUGUAAAGAAUUACACUUGUGUAUGCAUUCAAAAAGAGAUACUGCACGGGGUACAUUCCCAUAAUCCAAAAAAGUGUUUCUACAGCUGCAGUACUUAUACAGAUAGGAAGACACUGUAUGAGUGCGGGGGACCAUAUGCAUACAACAUUUAUUUUUCAGUCAAAACGUUUGAAAAAAGCACAGAAAAGAAGGUUGCAAUGUGCAUGGCUCUACAGUGUAGUGAUUCUAAAUAUCUAAGUAGAAAUUGCAGUAUUUCACUCCAAAGUCUUUGCAAGAAUGAAAAAUUGGGUCAAAACAUCGCAAUGCCAUGGAGAAAAUCAAUGGACGAAUGUAAGUUGUCUACAAAUCCUUCAUAUCUCCUCGGAAAUCUAAACUUAUCAGAUGCUGAUUCAGAAUGCAGAAGGCUAAAUCAGAAACAUCUUGGUCUAUCAUGGGUUGGCUUUGCACAGCAAAUAUACACUAGCGUUGAUAAAGGCCAAAUUAUCAAAAAGGAAACAAUCGUACAAUGUCAGAAGUGUAAUCGGAACGGAUGUCAAUAUAUAGACUGUGGAAAUGAAGAACAAUACAAAUGUGUCGAUGUUUUGACAUCGACCCGCAAACCAAUAUCAGACAAUAUUACGAGGCUAUUCGAGUUUAGUUCUUCCAGAGUGGUAGGGAAGCCCACAAAGAUUUACACCAAAGCAAUAUCAUUUGCUAUCUUGACAAAGACAACUUCUUUGCCGAAAACAACAAUAUCACCUUCUACAGAUACAGACACAAGGUUUAAUCUUACUAUUCCCUUCAGUGUUGUUAUUCCUAUUGUCGUGGUUGUUGCAGUCCUGAUUAGUGUGAUCCUUAUAAGACGAAAAAGACACGGCAGAAAAAAGAAAAAUAUCCAUACACAUGAUAGAGGAACAUCUCAACAAGAUGUUACCAAUCACUACUCAAUAGUAGACAAAGCAGGGAAUCAUUUUCAACUUGAAACACAGCCGAAGAACUCCAAAGAUCCUGCUGAUAUUGAACUGCUGAGGUCACAGAAUUCAUAUUUUUAUAAAGAGGAAGGAGUUUAUGAUCAUCUUAGAGAAUCAGAUCGCAGGAGAGAAGAUAAUGAGGUCAUCUAUGAUCACACGAGAUUUGUAGUUGGGGGUGGAGACUGUGAUUAUGAUACUACACAGAGUGUUAAAAAACAGGAAGUGGAAAAUACUUAUGAUUAUACCGAAAUAAUAACUUCUGACGCCGUACAUGCUGACUAUGACCUUCUUACGGAAGGGUCCGGCUAAGCUGGCAGUGAAAACCCCAAGAACAGAUGGAAUGUUCUGUAAUUAUACAUCUCUCAGAGUUGAAUAAACAAAUAAACAAUGAUUACAUACAUGUAAUUGAUCAACAUUUAAAGUGUUCACAGUCUAACAAAUGUUUUUUUUUUAAAUGUCAUUUCUCUUUUUUUAAUAUAUCCCUUGUAUUCGUUUUAUCAAGUCAUUUUUUCAGAUUAUUUCAUGAAACAUUAGCUUCUUUUAAAGGGUUUCUUUCCAGCUAAAGUAUCAUUCAAUCAUGGUUUUGUGUUUGUAUUUUUCUAGAAAUUUUAGUGUAUUUAAAGAGCAUUAAAUUGAAAUCUUUGAAAUUGAAAUGGAAUGAAUAGAAUAUUCAAUGUAAAUAUAUCAAUUAUCAGCUGAAUUAAAUAAAAAAAAAUUACGUUAAUUGGUCAAAUGAAAAUCACUCAACAGACAUUACUGUCAGGAGAUAAAGUGUCAUAUCCUGGGGAUACAUUUCAUACGUUGAUCAUGGAAUCAACAACACACCUACCCCAAAAAAUUCCUGUCGUUUAAUUUUCGUUAUUUUUGUAUAUUUAGUACGUGACUAUAUCUACUGCAUGUGUGCACAUUUUGGACAAAAUCGUUCGAGUGUUUUUUGGACAGGAACUUCCAAAAGUUACCCCCUUUAGUUGUUUACAAGGAGAGAAAAAUUUUAAUCAAUGAACUACUUAAACCUUGAUUUUCAAUAAAGCCAGGUUAGAUAUAAAUGUCAAAUUUCACUGCCUUAUUCCUGUAACCAUUUAACAUAAAAACAUAGUCAUUUUUUUAAUAUAUAUAUAUCAGCAAAACAAUUUUUAAAAACCUUAAACUGAAUAACUAUGAAUUAUCUAAGCCAUGAAAAGUGUGUAUUUUUCAAAUUCAAGAUUUUUUUGUGAAAAAACCUGUCCUUUUAUUUUGGUAAAAAACUUUCUUUAGGUGGCUGGUAGUAAAAAUAAUCUUUAUAAUUUUUUGUAGAAUUUUUGAACGACCAGUUUUGAUUUAAUAGCGGAAAAUUUCCCCCACCCCCUUUCUUAAUAAAUCACAUUCCCGCGCGUCUUUCAGACGGGGGACGAUCACUUUGCUAUGAAUCUAUAGAUACACAUUUUUAAAAAAUCAAUUUGGAAUAUUGCUUUUGCAUCAAAAACAUAUUAACUUACAAAUUUAAAAGUUCUCAUAUGUAAAGCGUAUUUAAAUGUAUAUUUUAAGGCAUUUUUUUAAUACCCCUACCACCCCCACCCCUUCCUUUUUUGCGUCGCAGACCAUUAGCUUUUGACGAAACUUCGUUUACAGUGCAAAUUAUACUAGUAUUUCGUCAUUUGAAUCCCGGAGGUAUGCAUUAGUUUUUAAAUUCAUGAAUGCAGAAGAAAUAUUGACUACUGUUUUUAUAUUUAUCAGGAAAAAAAUUACUGAAGGAUUUUAGUGUUUAGUCCAUAGGCCUAUAUGUAUGCGUUAUGCAUUCCAUAUCACAUGAAACCUGGAUACGAAUUCAAGUUAUGUUGAACUUGAAUAUGUUGAUUUUUAAACUUAUCUCUUUGAUUUUAUUUAUUAAAAAAAUGGUGUAUGUUCACCUCUCAUGUGGUAUAAAUGGAAUAAUUGUAGUUUCUUUCAUGUCAUUAUUUCAAACGAGACAGUAUGUGGCCGUGGGGAUACAUCGACAUUUGCAUAGAUGUACACCCCUCAUAUUGUACGCAUUCUUUCAAUGUUGUGCUUUUAAAAUGAAAAUUCCGUAUUCGUCCACAUUAACUCUUCGUCUAAUUCAAUUCAUAUCAAAUCGCACAUUGAUAUUUUUAAAAAUCUUAUAGGCAACGUUUUGUUUUGAUUCGAGGAAAUGCGAACCGACAUUGUUGACAGGACAGAAAGUCAAACGAUUUGCUGCAAUAGGAUAUUCAUAAAUGCAGAUAAUUUCAGUACUAGUGAACAAUUCUUUUCAAUUCUAUACUUACAUUGUGUAUAUGAGCACUAUAGUAUUCAAUUCUCGGAUUUAUCAGGUCUUGCUACAAAUGAAUCUGAUUCUGUGGAAAACCGUGAAUAAAGGGAGGAAAACAAACAUCUCCUACAUUUUCAGAGUUGUUCCUCUUUGAUCAGUAAGGGUCCGAGCACAACAUCGAUUUUACAUUGUAAAAAGUUUUUUGUUUGUUUAUUGUUUUAUUUAAUUAAAGAAGAAAAACAAUAUCUUUAUCGUAAAUGCACAAAUUGUAAUGAAGACCAUUAAUCGGAAUGUUAUAUAGCCAAUUGUACAUAAUAAGAAUUUCGGCAAUGUACAAUAAAAUUUUCAGAAUAAAAAAAAAAUGCUGCGCUUUGAUCAAGAUUACAAUUUAUUGUAUAUGAAAUGAAAUGAAAUAAACAUUUAUGAAUGGUAUUUCAUGUCUUGCUUUUUACGGAGUUUAAUCGGGUUAAUUAAAAAAUAAUUAUUGAUUGAGUAUGGUACACAUAAUCACAGCCAAGCCCCGUAUCCCAUUUUUCUUUUAUGAUUGAUAUACAUGUACAUCGGGAUCGUUUUACUCGUCAUUUUGACGCUUUAUUUUUGAUGUUAAUUUGACGUCACGUCAAACGUUCAAUUGAAAUCGCAAGAGUUAUCUCCCCCAGUGUGUUGUACGUCUUUAAAAUAUGGUUUCCAUGAUAAAUGUAAAAAUUAAAGAAUUUCAAAAAAAUCAUGGGAUUAUCUUCCGGAAAUACAAUUGGUAAAGUGUAUGAUAAUCACAGCAUUAUCUGCGAAAAUAAAAAUUAAAUUAGGUCAAAAUUAUCAUUUUUAGAUAUCAAACAAAUUUGUUUAAAUUUUGAUGCAUGUGUAUAAAUCAUAUUCUUGAUUACAUUUACCAAGUAGUAUUAAAUGUAUGUACAGUGCUUGAUUGCUAAGUGUGGUAUUGGUAAUAAUUAUAUGGAAAAAAAUAAAAUUGAAAAUAUGCUGAAGAUUACAACUAUGUUUCUAAAUAUAUUCAAUAAGAAAUUUCAAAUCUUCUAUUAAUUUUUUUUUAAGAAAUAUGCCUUAUGGCUAAAUAAUAUGCAAUCAAUGAGAAGAAUUAUACAGUUUACUUUAUUCUUCUUGUGCAAUAUUGGCCGACAUUUUAUAAAUUUGAUUCAAAAUUUCAAAGUUUAUUUUUUUGGCAACUGAAUGUACGUUUAAGAAUUCAUGCUUUAAAGAGAUGAAUGAUUGAAUUUCAUGUUUACAGAAUUUUGUUAUUAUAUUUGAACCAAGUAAAAAAAAUGUAUGAUUACCGACAGAGAUUAUACAAACGAUGUGAUGUUCUUAAUAGCUGUGAUUGUAAAUAGUCUGCAAAUGAUUGGAAAUAUCAAUAAACGAAUGUCAUUCUGAGUUCUACGAAAUAUAGAAAAGUGACUAUCAAAUCUAUCUUGAUAUAAAAAUAUGGUCAAUAUAGCUUGCAGCUUUGUAGUAAUUUUGUUUUUAAUUAAGAUAUGAUAUGUCGGUCAUUGAUACAUAUUUGAAUGAUGAAAAUACUUAGAAU